AUGUAUUCAAGUAUAUAUUCAGAUGAAUGCCUAUGUCCAGUCUUACUCAAUAUCCAUCGGGCACCUGAUAGCGUUGCGCAACUCGAGAGCCUCCGUUCAAAUGAGUUCACGAUCAGCCGUCACUCUUAUCUUCUGACUGACGUUGAUCCUCUUCGGAUAGAAGGAUAUCUUCAUGAUGACGUUCUGGGAACAUGCGGAGGAUCCUUCAGGCAGAGCUCUUGUAGUUAG